AUGAUUCAGGAUAAAAAGGAGCAAGGUCAGAGAAAUAAAAUCAACCCGAAAAGAAAACGAGAGGGGAGAAUCAAGGGGAUGGUAGAAAACUGCUGGAAUGUGGGAAAAGGUGGAAGGACACAGACCACCGCAGUACAGACACAGACCACCGCACACAGACCACCGCACACAGACCACCGCAGACACACCACCGCAGACAGACGACCGCAGACAGACCAUCCGCACACAGACGACCGCAGACAUACCACCCCAAACGCACACACCUACAAACAGACCAACCAAAAAACCCACCCCAACAACCACCUACACAACACCGCAACAAAACACCACCGGCACACACCACCCCACACCAGCCACGCAGAAACACCCAUACAACCACCGGGCGACCGCACCAACCACCCACACACCCAAAACCCAACCACAACACAGUCAACAACACACAAACCCCAACACGAAACAGACCCACCGGAAAAACAACCACCGCACACCAACAGACCACCCAAGACCACCGGGGGAACACCACCUCACACAACCACCGCAACAGCCCAACCGGGGCCCACCAACCACCGGAACAACCACCGCCAACAACCACCGCACACAACCACCGACACCGACCACCGCAACACACCAACCAAUUACAACCCACCAACAAACACCGCAACAGACCACCGCACACAACCCAGGGAAGGACAACACCGCCACCAGACCUACCGCAGGCACCGACCACCCACACAACCACCGCACCAUACACCACAAGACCACCUCAGAACACGCCCCCAACCCACCCCCGAACACCCCUCCCCACACAACCACCCAACAACCACCGCCCCCCACCGCCCCACAUACCACCUCACACAACCACACCCCACACCACCCAACAGACACCUAGAACCCAGACCACCUCCACAGACCCCCGACCCCCCAACCCACCCAAAUAACAACGACCCACACGACCACCGGCAGACAGACCCCCCUCAACCACCCACUCAACCACAACCACCGCACACAACCACCGCACACAGACCCCCGAGAAGAAACCCAGCCAACCACCGCACACAGCCACCGACACAGACCACGCCAAGUACCACCGGAAAACCACCGCAACCCACCGAAAAACCCCCCCACCGCACACAACCACGCCGCAACUACCGUCACACACCCACGCAUCAACCCGCACACAGACCACCCACACAACCACCGCCAAACAUGACCACACCCAACAGACCACCCCCCCCAAGCGAAAUAGGACACAGCCCACCUGCACACCGACCCCACACGCCACCGCAACAACCCCCGAGACAUCCCAAAGCCCACACCCACCACCCACCCAGACAACCCCGCACAACCACCCACACCGCCACGCACACAGGGACCACCUGCAGAUAA